AUUAAGAAGAAAUUUCGAACAAAAACGACUGCAAUUUCACCCGAUCGGAUUGAUACGAAGAAGAAGAAGAAGGGAGAAAAAAAAAUGGGUAUAAGAUUCGUACUGAUGGUGAACAAACAAGGGCAGACACGUUUAGCACAGUACUAUGAAUACCUAAACGUCGAAGAACGACGCGCUCUCGAAGGUGAAAUCGUUCGCAAAUGCCUCACCCGCACGCAACAACAGUGUUCCUUUGUUGAGCAUCGGAACUACAAAGUCGUGUACAGGAGAUACGCAUCGCUCUUUUUCCUGGUUGGAGUGGACAACGAAGAAAAUGAGCUUGCAAUUUUGGAAUUUAUACACCUGCUAGUCGAAACUAUGGAUCGUCACUUUGGCAAUGUGUGUGAGCUGGAUAUCAUGUUUCAUUUGGAGAAAGCACACUUCAUGCUCGAGGAAAUGGUGAUGAAUGGCUGCAUUAUUGAGACGAGCAAGACAAAUAUCCUCUCUCAGAUACAGCUAAUGGAGAGAGCAUCUUAGGUUUGUUCUAAACUUUUCUGAUGUUUAUCUCACUUAUUCGUGAUCGAUGUUCUUUUUUCCGGUUUUUUUUCUCUCGUUUUGGUGGCAUGUUAACUGUAUUACUAUUAUCACUAUGAUAAAAAAAAAAAAAGUUGUAUUUUUAUUGAAUUUUGAUUUUCACAUAUAUUUGAGAUCCAAAUUAUUACA